UGUGCAGUUUGCCCCUGAGCCACAAAGGCUUUCUUUCCAUUGUGUCUCUUUUUCUCCAUAUAUCAUGCCUCAUCUUUCCUACAAAAGUUGACCUUGGAGCCUAACUGCACGUGCUGAACGCUGGAGCAGCAGAUAGUCUCUCUGGAAAGAUACAAGAGCAGGUCAUCGAGUGAUCAGUUUCUAACACCAUAGAGGAUAAGUAACAGCCAGCAUGGAUUUGUCAAGAGCAAGCCUUGCCUAACCAACCCAGUUUUCUUCCAGGACAAAAACCCAGAGGUAUGGAUCUUUGGCAGCUGUUAUUUACACUGGCACUGAUCUGUGCAAAUGAUUCUCUUUCUACGAGUGAGGUUCCUCUGGGUGAACCACAGAUCAUUAAGUGCAGAUCACCUGAGAUGGAGACAUUUUCUUGCCAUUGGACUGAUGGAGAUGUUCACAACCACACUGCUCCGAGAACAAUGCAACUGUUGUACAUGAAAAGGGGUGAUGAAGAAUGGAAAGAAUGUCCUGAUUAUGUAACUACUGGAGAAAAUAGCUGUUACUUCAAUACAUCUUACACCUCUGUUUGGAUACCUUAUUGUGUUAGACUUGCCAAUGAAAAUAAAGUGUUUGAUGAGAAAUGUUUCAGUGUUGAUGAAAUAGUGCUACCUGAUCCCCCUAUUAACCUCAACUGGACUCUACUUAACAUCAGCCUAACUGGGAUCCAUGUGGAUAUUCAAGUAAGAUGGGAGCCACCACCAACAGCAGACGUUCGUAAGGGAUGGGUUACCCUGGAGUAUGAGCUGCAGUACAAAGAAGUAAAUGAUACAAAAUGGAAGGAGCUAGAACCUGUGUGCUCCACAACAGUUCCAUUGUACUCUCUGAAGAUGGGACGAGAUUAUGAGAUACGAAUCCGAUCAAGGCAACGGACUUCUGAAAAAUAUGGGGAGUUCAGUGAAACCCUUUCUGUGUCUUUUUCUAUGGCUAGUGAAGCAGUUCUGUGUGCUGAAGAAAUCCAGUUUCCAUGGCUCUUCAUUAUCAUCUUUGGAACAUGUGGGCUAUUGGUGGUGAUGUUCUUAAUUCUGUUCUCUAAACAAAGGUUAAAAAUGCUGAUUCUCCCUCCAAUUCCAGCUCCAAAGAUUAAAGGGAUUGAUCCAGACCUCUUGAAGAAAGGAAAACUAGAGGAAGUGAACUCCAUUUUAGCCAGCCACGACAGCUACAAGCCACAGCUGUACAACGAUGACUUGUGGGUUGAAUUUAUUGAGUUGGACAUAGAUGACCCUGAUGAAAAGACCGAAGGAUCUGAUACAGACAGGCUCCUGAGUGAUGCCCACAUGAAGUCUCACAGCUGCCUUGGUGUGAAGGAUGAUGAUUCUGGACGAGCCAGCUGUUGUGAACCAGAUAUGCCAGAGACUGACUUCAGUGCUAGCGACACGUGUGAUGGCACCUCAGAUACUGAUCCGUCCAAAAAGAUAAGUGAAAAAGAGGAGAAUCUCUUGUGCCUUGAUCAGAAAGAUAAUAAUGAAUCACUUACGAAUCUAGAUGACCCAGCAAACCAGCAACUUAUUAGUCAGUCUGAAGAUAACCAGUCAAAACCACCUUUUGCUGACAGUAUUGAAUCACCUAGCCCAGUUCCACCGGUCCGUACCCAGCUAAGCAACCAGAGCUCAGUGACAAAUAUUGACUUUUAUGCACAGGUAAGUGACAUUACACCAGCAGGAAGUGUUGUACUUUCACCGGGGCAAAAAAAUAAGACGGGGAGAGCACAGUGUGAGACCCAUACAGAACCAGCUGCACAGUGUCAAUCAAACUUCACCAUGGACAAUGCCUAUUUCUGCGAAGCAGACGUGAAAAAAUGUAUCGCUGUGACUUCUCAUGAAGAGGUUGAGCCACAUGUUCAGGAUCAGAGCUUUAACGAGGACACUUACUUCACCACAGAGAGCCUUACCACUACGGCUGUGAAUCCUAGCACAGCAGCAGAAGAAGCCUCAAGUUCCGAGAUGCCUGUCCCAGACUAUACCUCCAUUCACAUAGUACACUCUCCACAAGGCCUUGUGCUCAAUGCUACAGCAUUGCCUGUGCCAGACAAAGAAUUUAUGGUAUCAUGUGGCUACGUGAGCACAGACCAGUUAAACAAAAUCAUGCCAUAGCUUUUCUUUGACUAUGUGCAUAUAAUAUGUAUUUAAUGGCAUAGAGUUGGCUUGGGCUUGUAUACUUGAACCAAAAAAAUGUUUAAAUUUUUUUUGUGGUUCUUAAGCUUUUACCUGAAAUGUUGAAGCAUAUACCAUUAAUCAAAAUAUUCUUCUUGUGUACUGUAAAUAUUAUCUAUGAAUUGUCUCAAGAGACUGGUUAGUGGCAACAACUGUCUUGUUAUUGUGGGUGUUGAUUUUUGUGAAACAGCAUCAAAUGACUAUGUUAAAUGUACAGUAAAUCAUACUUUUU